UUGCGUUCUAAAGGACGUGAGUCACUAUGAGUCAAGCGCCUUAUCCCCCUACUGGAUAUGCCUAUGGACCUCUUCAAGGUUAUCAACCAGCUCAACCCCAGAUUGGCUUUGUUCCUCAGCCAGGGUAUGGUCCCCCAGCCCCUCAGCAACCUGGCCAUGGAUCCCUAGCCAUUACUGGUAGAGUAGACAGACCUACAUAUUCAGGCUCAGAUGUACCCCCUCAGGAUGUGUUUGAUAACCAGUUUGGCAAGCCUCCAGCUCCCUCUGCACCCCCUCCUGACAUGUUUGCGCAUUACUCUGGAUAUGAACAAACACAAUUUGGCAGUUCAUAUGUUCCUCCUCCACCCCCAUAUGUGCCCCCUCCCUCCUCACAGAUGCCAGAACAGCACUUCCAACAAGCCACUGCAAUAACAGAUGACCAAGCUCGAGAUGCAAUGAUUCAGUUUGUGAGUGAAAACUGUUGUUAUGGAACAGCUCCAGCGAGGGAAAUGGUGAUUAAAGAUGUCAUUCCUUCAAGUGCUUAUCAUUACUCUCUGGAAAGUUUCUGUGAAUCACGUAAAACUGAGUGGAAAUUUGAACCUUACCGAGGUCAGCCAAUAGACAGCCCUGUGAACGGACCUGCUCCACCGCCAUGGAGCAUUCCUGCCAAUCCCCCUCAGUUGUUUAAGGACCAUACAGCCAAUAUUGAGGUUCCUCACACCGCCAAUAUCAAACCGUGUCAUGAUUGUAUGGCUGUGGGAUACAAGCGCUGUUAUAAGUGUUGUGGGCGUGGAAGGUUGCGAUGUUCCAGGUGCCAGGGUUCUGGUCUCGUUGAAGGAACGGAGCAAAGAGAGCAGUGUACCAACUGCAUAGGUAGAGGUUGGAAAACUUGCGAGGUUUGUAAUGGCCACGGCCGAAUAAAGUGUGGGACGUGUUUGGGACAAGCCCAGUUGAAAACCUUCAUUGAGCUGACCGUAAAGUGGGAGAACCAUGUGUCUAACCAUGUCGUGGAGAGAACAGAUCGGUUGCCUGCUGAUCUCAUCGUUAAUUCCCAAGGAACUGAAAUAUUCAGGCAAGAACUACCAAGGGUUUGGCCAAUCACGAGCUUUUUUGACCAGCAAGUGAACGUGGGCUCGAAGAGGCUUGUAGACGAACACAGCAACAAGUGGCCAGCCAAGAGCAUUCUUAUGCAGCGUCAACAGCUGCGAGCAGUACCCGUGUCCGAGGUUGCCUACCAAUGGAAGGAGCAAUCAAGCCGCUUCUGGGUCUACGGUCAUGAUCACAAGGUAUAUGCUCCAGACUACCCCCACAAUGCUGCUGUGGCUGCAGUAUUUUGUAGAGCUGCCUCACAUAGAGCUGCCUCACAUAGUUUUAAAAUAAAUCUUUGGGUACACCAUUUAUUUUUCACGUAAUUUACCACGCUUGACAUGAAAUUGACGUCCAGCGUUGUAGUAUUUGUAAACUAAGGAAUCGUACCACAGGUAAAACUUUAUAGUAUUUGUAGGGGCCAGCUACGCUUGGCAGAAUAAAUAAGACACAACAACUUC